CACCAUGUUCAUGCGUUCUUUCCUGAUUGCUACAACCAUGACAAUGGUUGUCAACCCUGUGAGCGGAUUCCUUCCUUCAUCACUUCCAAGCUUCCGCGUCUCGCGCUCCAACCUCGCUCCAGCUGCCAUCUCUACUAGGAUGGUUGCUGUCGACGUUCCUGUCAACGCAGAGAUGAGGACGAAGAUGGAGAAGAUGCUCAGAGAUGCUCAGGCUUACAUCUGCAAGUCUGUCGAGGACUGCGAUGGGCAGGGCAAGUUUAUCGAGGACCCGUGGGCUCGUGAGGACGGAGGAGGAGGCCUCACCCGCGUCAUGUCUGGAGGAAAAGUGUGGGAGAAGGCUGGAGUGAACCUUGCGGUCGUCCACGGCACCAUGCCGUUCGAGGCGCUCAAUGCUGCCAAUGAUCGCCUCAAGUUCAGCAACAACGAUCGUGCCAAGGGCUAUGCUCCCGGCGAUCGCGUCCCCUUCUUUGCCUGCGGGCUCAGCUCGGUUAUGCACCCUCGCAAUCCCCACUGCCCAACCAUGCACUUCAACUACAGAUACUUCGAAACUGAGGGAGGCAACUGGUGGUUCGGAGGAGGACAGGAUAUCACCCCCAGCUACCUCGUGGAGGAGGACAUGAAGCACUUCCAUAGCACCCUCAAGAAUGUCUGCGACAAGCACGACAAGGACUUCCAUCCUAAGUUCAAGGCAUGGGCUGAUGAGUACUACUACAUCAAGCACAGAGGGGAGACUCGUGGGCUCGGAGGCAUCUUCUUCGACGACCUCAACGACCGCGCCCCUGAGAAGAUCUUCGAGUUCUGCAAGGAUGCCGUUAUGAGCGUGCCGGACGCCUACCUCCCCAUCAUUGAGAAGCACAAGAACGAUGCCUUCACCGCCGAGGAGAAGGAAUGGCAGCAGCUUAGACGCGGAAGGUACGCCGAGUUCAACCUUGUCUACGAUCGCGGAACCAUCUUUGGCCUCAAGACCGGAGGCCGCACUGAGUCUAUCCUGAUGUCUCUUCCCGAGACGGCUCGGUGGGAGUACUGCCAUCAGCCGGCCGCUGGCUCCCCCGAGGCCAUCAUCAUGGACGUCUUCAAGAACCCCAGCAAGUACAACUUUGCGGCCUAA